GGCCUUGCAGUCUUUGAAUACCUGAUAUUACUGGACCAAGAAGUUGUGGCAGUGUGGAGAAGAAAGUUCACGGCCACCUCACUGCUGUUACUGGCCUUCCGGUGGGUUAUGGUCCUGGGCCCACUUGUGAACAUUGUACCAUCCUAUGCACAAGUUUGGUGUGAGUAUGUAGACAUUCGAGAAUGGCCUGAGACUGGCUUAAUGAUGCCGUUCUACAGGCGUACACUAUAUUUCCCGGAGAAAUUGUCUCUAAUAUACCACUGUAUUUGA